UAUAUGAUUAUGAAAUUGUUUAUAAAGUGCUUCUGUGAAUAAAAAAUGUGCAAAUAGGCAAAAAGGAAUUUAAGAACGAACUAUAUUUUGUGCUGUCUCAGACGAGUAACGGUUUUUGUACUUGCACGAUUACUCGCUGGAAUUAAAAGUGAGUGAAGAGGGAUUAAGAAAGGAGAUAGGAAGGGAUAAGCGAUAACGAAACUAGAGAAGAUCUGUAGCUGCAACUGUAAACGCGAAUAAAAGGGCCAAAAAAUGUUCGAAUUGGAGGAUUAUUCGAGUAGCAUACACGAGGGUUUCUUCACCAAAUAUGCGGAUGCUGCAGGUCCUUCGUUGGACUUUUAUGUGUCCGACUCGAUGCAGGACAUGCUAAACGUAGACAUACGCGCCGAGAUUGCAAAUGUCGUAGGCAGCUCCAGUGAUUUGACCUCAUCCCUCGACCAUGCACUCGAAGCUAUUUCAGCAAUAAAUAACAACAAUUCGGCACCAUCAGCCCACAAUGCGAACGCAAAUCUCUUGGCGAGCAGUGCGUUGCAUGCAUCACCCACAGCUAAAUGGAUGGGUUCUUGCGCCAACUUUUGGUCCACAACAGAUUACUUUGCUGAUGUCGGCGCCUGUGUGAAUCCCAACUCCGUCAUGCCGCUAAUCAACUCAAAUUCUGGCGGCAGCUCACUGCUGGGCGCUGGCUCUCCACGUAAGGCACGUGUCAAUGGCACGUCAACGACCCAAAGCAGAGCGGGCUCUGCUGCUGUACAGCCGCCUGCCUCGCCAUGUGAUCAGCACAAGUCGCAUUUAACCUUUUCGCCGGCCCAGAUGAAGGUUAGCGCUGGUUCAUUACGCCGGGAAAAAGUAAGUGCGCAUAUACCAAAGCAGAUUUCAACGCUGCCCAUUAUCACAUCAGCUGGAGUCGGCGGCAUCUCAGCACCAGCAACUAUGGCUAGCAAUGCGGCACUGCAGCAGCGACGUAAUUCAUCGGCUGUAGAUGCUGUACGCAAGGAUCUUGGCACAGAGCUGCGCAAGGCUCAAUCUGCAACAGAGGAGAACAAAAGUGCGGCAAAAGCAAGUGGGCUGCUGACUGGCGGCUGUGCUACCAACACCAUUAAACUGGGACCGGGCAUUGGCGGACUGACCUUUGCCAAUAGCGCAACAUACAACAAGCUAAAGCAGCAAGCAAAUACCAAGUCAUCCAAUGGCUCUCCGCUCACAUCCAAUGGCAAUAUUGUACUUAAGCGUGACCGUGAGGCAAGUCCACUGCAAAACAUGACCACACUCCAUUCUAGUGGUGUGGCAAGGCGGCAGAGCUGCAGCACACCCAAAAGCAUUGCCUCGGCAGCCAACUCGCCACAUCAUCAGAUUCAGAUCCAUCAGAGCAGUGGCUCUCCUUGCGCCUCCCCUGCUUUAUCGCGUCCCGCAUUAUCCGCUUCUCCGCUCAAUAAUAGCUUGAAUAUCAGUAAUAACAACAACUUAAUUGGCAAUGUAGGAGGUAUCAAGACGUUGCAUCCAAAGUCAAAACUACCAUCUGGAGCUAAUCUUUUCCCCAAGCCCGCCUUCUCGUAUUCGUGCCUCAUUGCCUUGGCACUGAAAAAUUCACGCGCUGGUUCGCUGCCUGUCUCUGAGAUCUAUAGCUUCCUCUGCCAGCACUUCCCAUACUUUGAGAAUGCGCCCAGUGGCUGGAAAAACAGCGUGCGACACAAUCUAUCGCUGAACAAGUGCUUCGAAAAGAUAGAACGACCAGCCACGAAUGGCAAUCAGCGCAAGGGUUGCCGCUGGGCCAUGAAUCCGGAACGCAUCUGCAAGAUGGAUGAGGAGGUGCAGAAGUGGUCACGAAAAGAUCCGGCGGCUAUACGUGGCGCCAUGGUUUAUCCGGAGCAUUUGGAUGCUCUAGAGCGUGGUGAAAUGAAACAUGGCUCUGCGGAUUCCGAUGUAGAGCUUGAUUCUCAAUCCGAAAUUGAGGAGUCCUCCGAUUUGGAAGAACAUGACUUUGAUGAUACGCUUAUUGAUGCAAUGCUGGUUGAGGAGGAGGAGAACGAUGAUAUUGAUGAAGUCGAUUGGGCCCAAAGCGAUGAUGAGGAGUACGUAUCAACCAAUCAACUGGCCGCAGGACAUCAGCUAUUGCAUGCGCAGAAGAGCGAUGACUUUGACAUUGAGGUUAACGACCUCUAUGACGCCAUUGACAUCGAGGACGAUAAGGAGGCGGUACGCCGCAGCAUUAUAAACGGCCAAUGCGAGAAUAUAAUUGAGCUAAAUCCAGCUGAUUUGAAUGCCAACGAUGGCUAUCGGUCGCCGAAGCGGGCGCGGCUUGAUAUCAACUACGCUAUUGGUCCCGCCGGCGAGCUAGAGCAACAGUAUGGACAGAAGGUUAAGGUGCAACAGGUUCCGCCCACAUACAAUCGUCGCAAAAUGCCGCUGGUCAAUCGCAUCAUCUAAGCUCUUACAUGUACAUACAUGAAACAUACAUUCACACACAUUUAUAAGUGCACAAAUGAAAUGCAUUUACUA